AUGUUAAGAAAAAACAAAAUAUUAAUUUUUAAGUAUUUUCUUAAUCUUAUCAAUGGAGCUUUCUUGGUUCUUGGACUUUUAUUUGUAGGAUUUGGUGCAUGGCUUUUAUUAGAUAUAAAUAAUUUUUUAACAGCUUUGGAUGAAAAUAAUCACUUCAUAAUAUAUAUUUCUCAAAUUUUGAUUGGAAUGGGAUCUGCUAUUGUUCUUCUUUGUCUACUGGGUUAUUUGGGAAUUAGUAAAGAAAUCUUAUGGCUCCUAAUCUUGUAUGCGGUACUGUUGGUAUUUGCCUUUGCUGUUCAGGCUGUUGUGUCAGCACUCAUAUUCACAAUGAAAGAGGAGGUUUACCAACUAUGGCAUGAUAAGAUCAAUUUGAUCAUUUCUGAAUAUGGAUCCAAAGAUAAGCCAGAAGACAUAUCGAAAUGGAUGAUUAUAAAUGCUUUGCAGAAAACAUUGAAGUGUUGUGGCCAACAAAAUUACACAGACUGGAUAAAGAACAAGAAUAAGGAAAAUUCAGAGCAGGUGCCAUGUUCUUGCACAAACUCUACAUUAGGAAAAUGGUUUUGUGAUGAGCCACUGAAUGCAACUUACCCAGAGGGUUGUGACUCCAAAAUCAGCACAUGGUAUGAUGUUAAUGCAUUAACUUUAAGUGGAAUUAACCUUGGACUUUUGGCUUCAGAGAUUUUGCAAGUCUCAUUAAUUAUUUCUUACUUCAGACACAUCAAGAAUAGAAUAUAUGCAGAAAUGUGA